GAAAAUUUGGGGCUGUUUUUGCUUCGAUUCCUGCUCCGAUCAUAGCAGCUUUAUAUUGUCUUUUCUUUGCGUAUGUGGGUUCAGCCGGGCUAAGUUUCCUUCAGUUCUGCAACCUAAAUAGCUUCAGAACAAAGUUUGUACUAGGUUUUUCUGUCUUCAUGGGCUUGUCAAUAGCACAAUACUUCAACGAGUAUACAGCAAUUAAUGGUUAUGGCCCAGUUCACACUGGAGCAAGAUGGUUCAAUGACAUGAUAAACGUACCUUUAUCAUCCGAAGCAUUUGUUGCCGGCUUUCUGGCUAUGUUCUUAGAUGUGACAAUGCACGGAAAGGACAGCAGCACGAGGAAGGAUCGAGGUAUGCACUGGUGGGACAGAUUCCGGUCGUUCAAAACAGAUACGAGAAGCGAAGAAUUCUAUUCUUUGCCUUUCAAUCUCAACAAAUUCUUCCCAUCAGUGUGAUUUUUGGACAGUAGUCAGUAAAUUGAAGUUUCCCCCGUUGUACUUCAUUCUGGGUGUUACUACACUUGGACCUUUUUCUGUUACCGAUGGAGUAAGCUCUCCACAAAAUUUACAUUCUCAGUGUAAAAGGAACAUGGUUAAUUCACACACAAGUCUUGCACCAUCUACCCUCUAAAUUAAUUUGUUGAAUAUAAAAGCAAUUUUCUUA